AGAAUUGGUGGAGCGAAGUGAUAUCUUGGCUUCAGGACCGUCCGAUGAAUGCGCCGACAGUGCCAACAAGAACCAAGUAGUGAAGUGAUCCAAGGAGUGUUGCUUCAGACCAUCACUCUACCUCGGAAGCUCUUGUUCAGCGUCUCUUGUCUUGCAUACUAGCUAGUUUGAGCUAGAUUAGCCCUCGUUCACUGAGAUUUUGGGACGAGCAAUCCACCACUCAUCCGCUUGCCUCUAGCUAGUUAGUGCCUGUAUCCCCCAAGACACCCAAGACCAGCAGACAGUUGUCACAUCAUUACUUCACAGCUGAGUUACCAUGUUCAAGAUCAGAAAGUCAAAGUAUCGUCACGUCUAUUGCGACGCACCGAAGGUCGAGCAAUGUUGGACCGACUUUCGCAUGUCCACCGUGACUGGUGAUCAACAAUACAUCAAAGCUUCCACCAAAUACUUUGCAGUCGGUAUGGCUGGUGGUGGUGGCUCGAUGGUUGUCGGUAGAUUGGACCGCCCGGGUCGUUUCGAGGCUGGACUGUGUCCGAUUGUCACUGGGCACACUGGUGCUGUAAUGGACAUGGAUUGGAACCCCUUUGAUGAUUCCAUGUUGGCCACUGGAAGUGAGGAUACCAAAAUUAAAAUCUGGUCUAUUCCCGAAGAUUGGGAGCCUACUGAUGAGAAAGGUAAUGCCAAGAAAGGUGAGAAUCUCUCCGAGUCGUUGAUUGAUCUGGUAGGCCACCAGAAGAAGGUGACACUGCUUCGCUACCACCCAUCUUGCGAGGGGGGACUGCUCAGUACCAGUGCCGACACAUCUGUCAAAAUUUGGGAUGUGGAAAGUGCCGCGGAAGUGCAGUCAUGCGAAGAAACUCAUGAUUUGAUCCAGGAUAUCGUUUGGGACUACAAGGGAGACAAUUUCGCCUACAGUGCCAAAGAUAAGGCAGUUCGUUUUGUCGAUGCUCGAUCCAAUAACGUUAUCAGUAAGAUCGAAAAGGCCCACGAAGGAAGUAAGAGUGUGAAACUUGUCUACGUGGGAGAAACUGGAAAAAUGUUCUCCUGCGGGGCAUCUCGGCAGUCAGCCCGAGAGAUCAAAGUUUGGGACCUGGCCAACCUUGAUAAACCACUUCACACCGAGAACGUUGACACUGCCGCAGGUGCAAUGAUUCCUCUAUACGACCACGACACUAGUGUUUUGUACCUGGCUGGAAAAGGUGAUGGAAUUGUGCGUCUCUAUGAAUACGAAGAUAAGGCACCUUUCAUCUUCAAGCUUAACGAUGGAUUCAGGUCGAACACGCCCGGAAAAGGUUACUGCACAGUCCCAAAACGAGGACUUAACAUUAUGGGUCAUGAAACCGUUCGUAUGCUCAAGGUCGCAAAUAACGAGGGUGUGCAACCACUGAACUUCUACGUCCCCAGAAAGUCACAAGAUUUCCAAGAUGAUAUUUUCCCUGACACUGCCAGUGGAACGCCUGCCCAUGCCUUCGGUGAGUGGUGGGAGGGAUCGUCAAAGGGACCUGUACUGAUGUGCCUAAACCCUGCCAAAGGCGGGGGUGCGGGCGGCGCCGCUGCAGCACCAAAAAAGAAGUUCAAAUCUGCAGCUGUAUUAUCCAAAGAGCUGGAAGCCGCCAACGCACGAAUUGCGAUGCUGGAAGCAAAGCUGGCAGAAAACAACAUUUCACUCGAAUAGUUCCCGUUGUUGAAACGAGAAGGAGACGACGACAAUAAACGAAUGGGCAAGAGCCAUUGCGCUUUUUCGAAUCAAUGGAGCGGAAAAGUGAUAGAUGUGUCGGGAUUCAUCGAGACCUAUGGUCUCACGUGGUCUUUCAAGUGUAGAUAGAUGUUCAGCAGUAAACUCUAGUGCAGGCUGAGGUUGAAUUAAUUUAUAGUACGUUUGAUAUCAUGCU